AUGGCAGCGAUUGCACGACGAACGGCCGCUGUGGCCACCAGGAGCACACGAACCCCAGUCAUCCGCCAGAUUCAACCCACCCGCUCCUACGCCGCGCCCGCCGACCCCUCGAGUGCUAAACAGCCCGAUGAACAGGCCAAUGCCGACAUCCUGCGCAAGGGCGCUCGCCGCGACCCUGAGCUUUACACCCUCCUAGCAAUCAUGUCCGGUGCCUUCGGCCUCGCAGGCUGGCAUUUCUCCCGCAACCCCACCUCGUCCAGCAGCGAGAACAAGGUCAGCAUGGCGGCGGGCAGUGAGCCUUGGAACACCGGCGGCAAUGCCAAAUACCAGUACCACCCGGGUGGUGACCAGAGCAGGGGCAGGAAGGAUGCGCCCAGCGCUUUGAACGAGGUCAUCAUUCCGAACGUGAAUUUGCCAAAGGUGAGUAGAAAAUACGAAGACACUGGGAGCGGGAAGAUCAUGGACCACGCGGCGAAGAGUGAACUGCACGAAAAGUACAACAAGUGGGGCAAGGAGGGCUACUAG